UCUCUUCAUCCUAAUCACCUCGAUCAUUCGCUACGUUUUUGCUUGUUCAGAGCAACGCAUCGCAUCAUGCCUCGUCCACCUGAACCUGUGCACGUGCUGCUUCUUGCUGCCAUCGCAGUGCAAGUGUUCGUCCGGUGCACAGCACAAGCUGCGAGUGAUCAGAAGCCACUAGUCUCCAGGCUCGCCAAGGAUUACAACACCUCACUCUACACCAUCUCCGUCAAGAACGGCGCGCCGCCGCUCGUCGUCGACCUCGCCGGCGCGCUCGUCUGGUCGACGUGCCCGUCCACGCACUCCACGGUGCCAUGCCAGUCCGCCGCGUGCGACGCGGUCAACCGGCAGCAGCCUCGCCGCUGCCGGUACGUCGACGGCGGCUGGUUCUGGGCCGGCCGCGAACCGGGGUCGCGCUGCGCCUGCACCGCCCACCCGUUCAAUCCGGUCACCGGCGAGUGCUCCACCGGCGAUCUGACGACAUUCACCAUGUCGGCGAACACGACCAACGGCACCGACCUGCUGUACCCGGAGUCGUUCACCGCCGUCGGCGCGUGCGCGCCGGAGCGGCUGCUGGCGUCGCCGUCGCUGCCGCAGGCGGCCGCCGGCGUCGCGGGGUUCUCCGGGACGACGCCGCUCUCGCUGCCGUCGCAGCUCGCCGCGCAGCGCCGGUUCGGCAGCACGUUCGCCCUGUGCCUGCCGGUGUUCGCGACGUUCGGCGACACGCCGGUGUACCUGCCCAACUACAACCCGUACGGGCCCUUCGACUACACCAAGAUGCUCCGGCGAACCCCGUUCCUGACGAACCCGAGGAGGAACGGCGGUUACUACCUCCCCGUAAAACGCAUCUCCGUGUCGUGGCGCGGGCCCGGCGACGUCCCGGUGUCCCUGCCCGCCGGCGCGCUCGACCUCAACGCCCGCACGGGCCGCGGCGGCGUCGUGCUCAGCACCACGACGCCGUACGCGAUCAUGCGCACCGACGUGUUCCGCGCCUUCGGCAAGGCGUUCGACACAGUCGUGACCAGAGGAACGGAAAGCAGAAUGGCGAGGGUGGCCAGGCAGAAGCAGUUCGAGCUUUGUUACGGCGGCGCAGGCGACACCAUGUUGUCAUUCCCUAUGAUGAAGCGGACGGGCUUCGACGCGCCGGCGAUCACCCUGGAGCUGGACGCCGGAGCCACGGGUAACUGGACGAUACUGAACGGCAACUACCUGGUACGCGAGACGUGCGUUGGGGUCGUGGAGAUGGGGCCGGAAGGCAUGCCGGUGGACGGCGAGCCGGCGGUGGUGCUCGGCGGGAUGCAGUUGGAGAACAUCCUGAUGGUGUUCGAUCUGGACAAACGCACGCUCGGCUUCAGCAGGCUAUUGGAAUGGGACCUGACGAAUUGUUACAGCGCAAGCUUUUUGUGAGGAAAUAACUUUAUCGUGUCUCAGGCGUUUUCCAAUUUCCAGUGCUUGUAGUCAUUGUACUCAAACUUGAGUAGUAUACAUUGGAACAGAAUAAGCUGUCACGUACCAGCCUUGAUGAAUCCUGCAGGGAUGAAACUUUUGUUGCUGAAGCUCAAAAUUCAAAAGUAAUCGAUCUAAACUUGUUCAA